AUGUGCAUAGUAUGUAUACGUAUGUUGACAUUCUAUCACUUUCUAUGGUCAGCCAAGCUGUCCGACAAGUUUGUGAGCCUACUAUUCUACGCUCUUCGCGGUCAAAAGAGUGCAGCCAUGUCAAGAAACUGUUACAACCCUGCUACACUGCUGGUGGUCAUCUUUUUACUAAUAGCAUCCACCAAUCCACUCCAGCAUCGAAUAGUGGUGGAAGAUUUCAACUACAAUGACUAUCAAAACUACCAAGACUACCAGUCCUUAGGGAAACUCGAUAAACCGAUCGUUGUAACCGAAAAACCAAAGAACCAUCAAGACUUCAGCAAAAUUCCGGGGAUUCCCGGAGUCGAUUUUCCUUUGUACCAUACCGUGCCACAGACAAGUUUUUCUUGCGCAUACGUUCCAUUCGUUCCAGGAAUGUACGCCAACGUGGAAACCGGUUGUCAGGCGUAUCAUAUUUGCCACGAUGGUCGUGAAGGUCAUCAAGGUGCAUCUUUUCUGUGCACAAAUGGCACCCUUUUUAAUCAACGGGAUUUCGCCUGCGACUGGUGGUACAACGUGAAUUGCGCAGAAGCUCAAUCUUUGUACAGUCUGAAUUUGGACCCAGAGAAAAAUCCUUACUUGCCAAAGGUUAAAAAGGAUAGAUUGGUGAACAACAUGAGAAUUGUUGUGGUUUAGAAAUAUUUAUAACAGUUUAUCAAAAAUGUCACAUUCAUUUUAACUUCGACCAUUGAAAUAUCGCUAAAUUUUUUAAUAAUUUGGUUAAAAGGUUCCUGUAAGUGUUGCGGGAUGGAAUUUUAAAAAAGAAAGCGUCAUGUUCUGUGUAGAUGAAGACACAAUAUAAAACUGAGAGUAUAACAUCAUACCAAAUUUGGAAAAAAAAAACAAACUUUGAGUUUUAAAAGUUUCUUAUACAAAGACCUUAUUAUCUUUUGUCAAACAUUUUAUUUACAUAUUUUAUAAUAAAUUGAAGUCAAUAUUUUUA